GUGAACAAAUACCAGGUCAAAUAAUGACGACAUUGAUCUUCAGGUCGAAGCUCAAGAAAGAGGUCCGAGUUGGAAUUUCGAGUUAGAUGACCGUUCAAAACUAUUUUCCCCAGCUCGUUUUUUUCGGAUUUCCAGUUGUCUUGAAUACACUGUAUUCGGAGAUUUCCGAGUUCCAAGUUGUUGUGAACGCGGAAUUCGUGCUGGUGCGUGUGUGUAAAGGGGAGGGACUUAAUACAGUACGCUAUUUAGAGCGGAAUUGAGCGGUGUUUAUGCAUUCAUUUCAGAGAUAGAUAAAUUAGAGUCUACUUCGGAGCGUCAAUCCAGAUUAACAGUGUUAUCGGUUUCCUCUUUCCCUUGGAUAACGUCGAAGACCAAUCCGCUAGACAGGCUCCAGAGCAGAGGCCUCUCUAACUCCAACCACCCCAUAAGUCACCCUGAUAUGGAUGGAACCAACCAGCCAGCUGAGGUUAAUCAACAGUCUCCUGCCGGGCAGCAGGCCAUGGGGGGAGAUGUUGAAGAGAGCAACAGCAGUGGGAAUAGCCAGAACCCUGGAGAGAGAAAAGUCUAUGGUUGUGCUCUAGCCCAAAUGCCACCGCUGAAGCCUCCCUCCACGUGGACCUCCAUGGCGAUGAAGGAGCUCAAGUCCAAGCUGCGACUGGAGAAGGACCGUGUGGUGACAGUGAAACAAGGAAAGAUUUUGACAGUGCAUGUGCCCACCGUUCCUGAGGGAAAGCAAGUGUGCUGGGAGUUUGCCACAGAUAGCUAUGACAUAGCCUUUGGAAUCUCCUUUGACUGGAACCCUGUCACCAGCCAGGCCAUCACGGUCCACAUUAGUGAAUCCAGCGAUGACGAAGAGGAGGAAAAUCAGCUAGAAGGACUUAUCAACCCAGGGGAUGUUGAGAAGGGUUCUAAAUCAUUGGCCAACUCCAACAUAGGGGAAAUCUUACCUGUGUAUCGUCUGGACAGUCACAUGGCAGUGCAAGGUGGCAGUCACGAGUAUCCAGGCGAAGGCACUUACCUUCUGAAGUUUAAUAACUCCUACUCACUAUGGCGAAAUAAGACUCUGUACUACAGAGUGUAUUACAGUGCCUGAGGAACUGUAACUGUCAGCUUUUGCAUAUGACUGUAUGACUUACUAGAAUUACUUAUUUUUUAUUCAAUAUUUUUGAUUCCAUAGAACAUGUUAUGGUUAAUUAUAAGUGCAUAGAUUUUUCAUCACAAUCAGCGGAUGUUGCUCACUCCUAGUCUACACUUAAAAUCUAAGAGGACCAGAGAAGUAUGAAGUGGGACAUUUUGCUCAUAUGUUUUACUGUGUUUAUAGAGAAAGAUUUGACGUAGCCUUGUGUUUGUGCCAUGUUCUGUUUAAAAGUUAUGUGCAGUGAGUUAAGGCAAAUUGACCAUAUUUUAAAGAUAUAUAUAGUAUAUGUACAGUACCAGUCAAAAGUUUGGACACACCUACUCAUUCAAGGGUUUUUCUUUAUUUUUUACAAUUUUAUACAUUGUAGAAUGCCUCUACACCUGGAAUGCUUUUCCAACAGUC